CGUUUUAAAUUUAUUUAAACGUCAUUUAUUAAGAAAAUUUUAAUGUCCUGGUUCUUGAACUAAAUGAAAAUAUCAUCUUUUGACCCGUAAAUGUUAAUGAUUUCUUAGAAAUGACGGUUUAAAAACAGGCAGACUUCUCAAUUUGAGUGAAGAACGAGAAAUUCGCAGACAAAAUGGGAUCUAUUUUCGCUCGGCGGAGGACCGCGGACGUUCUGAUUGGCCAAAUGUGACGUAUACCGCCGCCGGGCCAAUCAGUGCCUCCGUGGUCCUCCGCCAAGCGAAAAAAGGUUCGCUCAAAGCGGGAAAUUCGUCUCUUAAAGUACAACUUGCCGCCAUAUUGAAGCAAAUUUAAGUUCAAAAUGGUUGUUUUGCUUAACCUUGACCACUUUUAAAAUCAAAUUCAGAAAAUGAUGGCGUUGUUCAAGAAUAUUUUGAUCGAUUUUGUCAAUUUUCUUUUAUUUAAAUAAAAUUCAUUUACCACGUGUAAAGGGCGACCCGCACACUCGAGAGCGGAGCGAGAUUAGGCUCGAUGAAAAAUAAUCAGAGUUGAUUCAGUCGAGGAUGCAGCGGCUGCAGGGCAAGGUGGGCGUCGUGGUCGGCGCCAGCGAGGGCAUCGGCGCCGCAAUCGCGCGCCAACUGGCCGACGAAGGCGCCGUCGUCGUUCCGGUGGCCAGGAACGUCGCCAAAAUCCAGGAAUGGGCGGCCGAGUGGCUGCGUGAAAAGGGCGUCGAGGGCCGCGUCCACCCGCUGCAGUGCGACAACACCCGCGAGGAGGACAUCGACAGGGUCAUCGCCUUUGUCGAGAAAACCUUCGGAAAACUGCAUUUCCUCGUCAACAACGCUGCCACCUGCCCUCACGCCACCCUCUACGACGGGAAGACCGAGGACUUGCGUCGGACGCUGGAGGUGAACGUGCUGGGCCUGAGUUUGUUCACGCGCGAGGCGGUGCGUUUGAUGCGUCGGACGGGCGUGGACGGCCACAUCGUGCACAUCAACAGCACGUCCGGCCAGUCGAUCGUGCAGGAGCCCGAGGGCAACUACAUGUACGCCGCCAGCAAACACGCCGUCAGGGUGCUCACCGAGGGCCUCCGCAGGGAGCUCAGGGACAUCGGCACCAAGAUCCGCGUCUCCAGCGUGAGCCCCGGGCUGGUGCGGACCAACAUUUUCGCCAACAGCGGCGUUCCUCAAGAGACCAACGACGCCAUUUUCAGCGAAAACGUGUGCCUCGAGCCCAAGGACAUCGCCGACGCCGUCAUCUACGUCCUCACGGCGCCGCCCCAUGUCCAGGUUCACGAGCUGACCGUGCAGCCGAACGGGGAAAAGUGGUGAAGAAAAAGGCGGGUUUGAGCCUCGAUCGUGUUUUUUUAUGGAACACGCAUCUCCACAAUAAAUAAAAUAAAAGAGAGAAACAAUUUAUAUAA